AUCUUGUAAGGCUCCGAAAACCAUUCAAUUUAUCUCCUUAUUUAGAGAAGUGUAUUGCAACAUUUUGGAUAUAUUUUUGGGCUAAAUUUUGGGCUCCAUUUAUCUUUUCUUGCGUGAGAAUAGUCAUCAUUUGGAGACCAGUAGUUGAAAGCAUAAAAUAACAAUGAAGAGAAGGCCAAGGUCACAGGUUUGGGGUCAGAACUCACAGGAAGCAGUCGUAAAGCAGCCACCAUGACAGUGAUGGAGUUUUUUGGAUGUGGUUUUCUGGCAUUUGGCCCACCCUUAGCAAUGUUUAUCAUCACCAUUGCUAAAGAUCCAAUAAGAAUUAUUAUCCUUAUGUCAAGCGCAUUCUUCUGGCUAUUGUCGCUGCUGUUCUCGUCUCUGCUCUGGUUCGCCGUGGUCCCUCUCCGCACAGAGCUGGCGUUCGGGAUGGUGUUCUCCGUGCUGCUCCAGGAACUAUUCAGGUUCCUGCUGUACAAGCUGCUCCGUCUGGCCGAGAGUGGUCUGAAGAAGGUGACAGACAACGACCAGGUGGUGACGAACCCACACAUCAUGUCCUACGUGUGCGGUCUGGGCUUCGGCAUGAUGUCGGGGGCGUUCUCGCUGGUGAACGUGCUGGCCGACUCGGUGGGCCCGGGCACCAUGGGUCUGCGCGGCCACUCGCCCUACUUCUUCCUGGUGUCGGCCACCCUGACACUGUGCUUCAUCAUGCUGCACACCUUCUGGGGCGUCAUCCUGUUCGACGCCGUGGAUAGAGGCAGCGUGCUGCGGACGCUGUUCGUGGUCGUCUCCCACCUGGCUCUCUCCUGUCUGACGCUGCUGAACGCCACCUCUCUGUACGCGGUGACGCUGGUGGCGGCCGUGGCGCUGACCGUCAUCACCGGCUACGGCGCGCUGCUGGUCACGGGCGGAACGGGGCGCCGCCUGCUCACCUGUCUCCGGCCACGGCCCACCCAGCUGCAGGUGCCCGAGCCGCCGCUGCCCGACCGGCAGUGAUACGCGGCGCGGCUGACCGCCCGGCGUCCACAGCCGAGGGAGCUGACGGCUGGGCACUAGCCUGCUGAGUGCUGGAUGCGGUCUAUGGGUCUGGGCUGUGGAGUGGGGACGGGCUCCCAGCGACAUCUAUUGCGAGCUGUGGUUGUGUGUGCUUAGGUAUGAUUAUUUAUCCUAAAUGUUUGUGUUCAUUAGCUUGAUGUGCGCGCCAUGUAAUGACAUGCUGAUAAUUAGUAAUCUGAUUGGAAAAUUCGUCCGUACCUACAGAGCGAAUAUCUCCUUGCGUCAUUGUUGGAAUAUUUCUAUGCUGUGUAACGGUGUAUAUGUGCUGACUGCUUGGUCGGCCCCUCCAAGGUACGACGCGCCGGCUACAUUUAUUCAAAAUCUAAAAGUCAUGUUGCCUUUUGCCACGCUUCGCAUAGGUCAUGCUUUACUAUCUGUUUUUGGACUUUUGGGAUACGUUUGUCACUUAGUUGUCACGUUAAAUUUUUAGCUUCAUUUUUAUCUGGGGUAUCUUGGGCAUAUUAUUACUACAUCAUACACAUCGUAACAACGUCGACUGUUAGCUUUCUUAGGAAAUGUGUGAGCGUUGUCACAAGUUGAUGAUUGUGCGAUAUGUAGUUGAAGGGGCGGUUGAACAUGUCUAACUAGAAGGCGUACUUGACAUUUUAAUGGCUUUUGGGCGGACUUCUUUAUAGCUCCAACUUUCAAUGAUUUCCGUUCUCUAAUUGUAAACACCUCUUUAUCUUGUGUGCGCCAUGGGCAUUGUUGUGGUAAAGGCAUUGGUGUGCGUUUUGACGCCAUUCAAUCGCUAUUUUCAAUGAAUCAGAAACUUUAGCCAGUUUCGACUGAGUAUCGUUAUCCCCUGCGUUUUGUAACACCCCUGCGUACCUGUCUGUCGAAUGGACCAUGUCCUGCAGUCCUCUCUAGAACGUCCCGGUCGUGCCGGCAGGUCCCCCAGCGCGGCGUGGUCUCGGACCGCCACGUCACCCUGACCUUCCCUGGGUGACGGCGUGACGUGGAUCAUCCCACGCGCCCGGCGCGCUCCUCCGUUCCUGGCCCGGCGACCUGCGUUCCUAGUUCACUGACUGAUCCCGCCACCCGGCCGCUCCUUACCUCGCCGCUGACGCCGCGGUGAGUCUGGACGGACCGCGGCUUGUCGUCUGCUUAACUUGUAUUAAUCGCCAUUCAUGUUUUUCACUGACGAGAUGUGUUAAAUACAUUCCACUUCUACUCA